AUGCUACGUUUAUUUUCUAGAAGAACACCAUCUGUGAGGGCUUUGCCAAAGUUCACCAGAUCGUUGGCGACUGCUUCCCCUGAAGCCGGUGCCCAAGAAGUUUCUAAUUUACAUGAUAUCGUUGAGAUUGAAUUACCAGAAUACUCCUUUGAAGGUUAUAAGCUGGAUGUUCCAGAAUUGAACUAUUCUACCGAAAAGGGUACCUUAUUACAAAUGUAUAAGGAUAUGGUCAUUAUCAGAAGAAUGGAAAUGGCAGCUGAUGCUUUAUACAAGGCAAAGAAGAUUAGAGGUUUCUGCCACUUAUCAGUUGGUCAAGAGGCCAUUGCUGUGGGUAUUGAGAACGCAAUUACCAAGCAAGACGAUAUUAUCACCUCAUACAGAUGUCACGGUACCACUUAUAUGAGAGGUGCCUCUGUUCAAGAAGUUUUGGCAGAACUAAUGGGUAGAAGAUCUGGUGUCUCUUAUGGUAAGGGUGGUUCUAUGCACAUGUAUACCAAGGGGUUCUAUGGUGGUAAUGGUAUUGUUGGUGCGCAAGUUCCAUUAGGUACAGGUUUGGCAUUUGCACAUCAUUACAGAGACCAAAAGAACAUGACUUGGACAAUGUAUGGUGACGGUGCAGCAAAUCAGGGACAAGUUUUCGAAUCUUUCAAUAUGGCAAAACUUUGGAACUUGCCUUGUGUUUUCACUUGUGAAAAUAACAAGUAUGGUAUGGGUACUUCUGCAUCUAGAUCAUCUGCAAUGACUGAAUAUUAUAAGAGAGGUCAAUAUAUUCCAGGUUUGAAGGUCAAUGGUAUGGAUAUUUUGGCGGUUUAUCAAGCAGCUAAAUUUGCUAAAGAAUGGACUUCUAAUGAUAAUGGCCCACUGGUUAUAGAGUUUGAAACUUACAGAUAUGGUGGUCAUUCCAUGUCUGAUCCUGGUACCACCUACAGAACCAGAGAAGAAGUCCAAAACAUGAGAUCCAAGAAGGAUCCAAUUGCAGGUUUAAAGGCGCACCUAUUAGAAUUCAACAUUGCAACCGAAGAAGAAAUCAAGGCAUUCGACAAGUCUGCCAGAAAAUACGUUGAUGAGCAAGUCAAACUAGCAGACGCAUCUCCUCCACCAGAGGCAAAGAUGAGUAUCUUAUUCGAAGACGUCUAUGUUCCAGGUUCCGAGAUUCCAGUUCUAAGAGGUAGAAUCAGAGAUGAUUCUUGGUCUUUUGAAAAGGGUGGAUUUGCUUACAAAUAA